CGCGCUUUACCGGAGAGAUGUGAGGCGGUUUUGUACUCGCUGUAAACACGACCGAAGCAGGAGGAAAGUCGCUGGAGCGGUGAGAAUGUUGUGACUCAACGCAGCGGAAGUGGUGUCUGAGCCACGCUGUGGACGAGGUGGACGAUGCGGGGUUUGCGCUCCAGGUCUGACUCCAUGGCUGAACCACUGAACUCGGCCGUGGAGACGGAGAAGGCUCAGGCGCUGCUCCAGACGUUCAGCACAGCAUCUCUGCUGGCCAGCGCUGGACUCGGAAUCUUCUGCCUCUUGGCCGACAUUGUUAUGAGCUCACCAUUUAUCCAGCAGCACACGUGGCUCAGGGCCGUGCUGGACAACUCGGUCCAUGCCGUGAUCGCACUGUGGUCUUGGGCCAUCGUCAUUGGCCUGAGGAAAAAGAGCGACUUUUAUGAAGUGUUGCUGGCUGGUUUCCUCGCCUCUGCCGUCGACCUGGACCACUUCUACAUGGCCAGAUCACUGUCACUUCAAGCAGCACUGAACCUGCCCCGGCGUCCUCCGCUGCACUGCUCCACGCUGGUCCCGGUGCUCUGCUUCUCACUGCGCCUGCUCAUGUGGGCGUGCAGGCUGAAGGACUCGUGGUGUUCACUGCCCUGGCUGCUCUUCAUCUCUCUGGCUUCACACCACAUAAGGGACGGAGUGCGUCACGGCUUGUGGCUGUGGCCUUUCGCCAACACGCCGCCGAUCUCCUACUGGCUGUACGUCACCAUCACGGCGACCCUCCCACACCUCUGUUCUGUGCUCAUGUACCUGACCGGCACCAGAGACGUGAUCUCUACCAAGCACGGCGUGGCCAUCGAUGUCUGAUCUGACAGCUUAACAAUCCAUGAUGUGCGUUAAAGAAUUACUGUACUUCGAUUCCACUCUAAGGAAACGUUUGCACUGCAGUCGUGUGACCUGAACGUCUGGACUUCAGCAGCGCCUCAGUUACACCUGCAAGUCCUUCUUGUCCCUUUAUGUAAUUUAACCAGCUCAUCAGGUGUCACUUUGCUAUCAGGGUUUACUAACUGCUCGAAUUGGAACUGGAAUAUUUAAGCUAUUUAUAAUAACAAAAGAGACGAAAGCUCUCUUUUUGAAGGAAUCUUUGCCAUACCAAGCCCACUUGUCUGUGAUAUUUUCAUCACAAUCAUCAUAUUUAUUCUUCUUGCUUAAUUGUUUUGAAACAAAGCCAUUUUCAAGCGUGACUGAUUAGAUUUAGAAAAUCUGCUAGAAAGAAGGUUCUCUUUAAUGGUACAUUUCAGCCCCAAUGUGAAAUCCCCAACCAGACUCCUCCAGCUUGCACUAUGCUAACACGCUAAGCUUGCAGCAUUAACCUCUAACCCCAAGCAGAGCUCAAACAACGUACAUGUCUCAGUCGGAUCAAUAGAUUUGAGGUAGGGCUAAAGUUUCGGGACGCAAGGUUCCUUUUCAACACUGUCCCAUGUUCAGGGAAGUACAAACAAGCUGUAGUAGCCAUCAGGAUAUUAUGUCAUCUGUGAUCAAAACCUACACACCGCCUGAACAACCUUCUUACUUGAACACAUCAGAUAAUUGAACAAAUUUGCUAUGCUUUCAUAUGAACUCUGUGCACUAGUAUAGCUUAAAGCUUUAUAAAGAAGAGUUGCUUUAGUUGAAAGUAAAUCAUUGAUUGCUUACGGGCCCAGGAAAGGGAUGUGAUAGUCUAGUGGGUAAGGUGUUGGUCAACCGAGAUGGGGCCCCUGAGCAAGACCCUUAACUCUCAAUUGCUCAGUUGUAUGGAAAAUGAGAUAAAACCCAAGUCGCUACAGAGAAAGGCGUCUGCCAAAUGCCCUAAAUGUUAGAUAGAUUAGAAGUAUGAGUUGUUCACCAGUCUGAUCAGAGAGUAUUAGGUGCAGAGCAGGCUGAAGCUAACAACAGCAGGCUGAAGGUAAAAAGAAGUUCCCAAUACUGAUUAUACACUUUGAGAUUUAAAACAACCAAAAUGACUAAUGCUUCUGGAGCUCAUGAGUAUCUGCUUGAGAUUUCUAGCUUUUGACAGACUUUGACAAUCCUCGUCCAUUGACACACGGGGGGCCAUGUGACCGACCAAUCAGUACGUCAGCAAAGUCAUGAGCAUUUUCAAGUAGUCACCACUAUCUGCUUGCAGAUUCUGCUGAAUGAAAACAGGGCUGGAUUUUUCUGCCUCACUGCGCUACUCAUUGCAGAACCCAGGAAUCAAGACUUAAAGCGAUUAUUUCCCUCAGAUACGGACAGAAACGAGAACUUAGCGGAUUCAAGCGUCGAGUUUGUCCAGCAGGGAGCAUCAGUGCACUACAAAAUCUGUUUGCGUACUGUUCUCUUGCCACUGUGUGACUACAGAUGGUUUCAUUUUGCACUUUUUAUUUAUGAAUUGUGUUAACGUGGUUUUUGUUUUGUUAUUUUGUUAAUCUCCUGCUUAAAUAAUUGUACUAAUUUAUUACGGACGAAGGACACGUUCUCUCGAGCCGAUCACUGCACAGUCAGGAGGAGAGAGAAUCAUGUGCACUUUUGGUUUGGUGAACACUGUGCCAGGUUUAUUUCAGGAUAAUAAAGUCGAUGAAAUUCCA